UCCGACAACGUGACACUUUGCCACUUUGAAAAAUUUAUUACACAACCUCUGAAGGCCAAAAACUCAAGGUUCAACCACAGUUAGCUAUCACUUGGUUUCUGGAGCAGUUUUCAUAAGGAAGGACAGAUCUUUGUGGCGGCGAUCAACCCUGAGCACCAACGAGAAUGGGAGACUGGGGCUUUCUCUCCAGUUUACUGGACAAGGUGCAGUCCCACUCUACUGUCGUUGGCAAGAUAUGGAUGAGCGUCCUCUUCAUCUUCAGGAUACUCGUAUUGGGAGCAGGAGCAGAGAGCGUAUGGGGCGAUGAGCAAUCGAAUUUGGUCUGCAAUACGUUGCAACCUGGUUGCGAGAAUGUGUGUUAUGACUGGAAGUUUCCCAUCAGCCACAUUCGCUUCUGGGUCAUGCAGAUCAUCUUUGUCUCCACACCAACCCUGGUGUACCUGGGCCAUGCGUUCCUCGUCAUCCACAAAGAGAACAAGCUGAGAGAGAAGAUAAAAAGACAGCGCGACAACAAAAUGCUCAAGACGCCCAAAUACACAGAUGACAAGGGCCACGUCAGGAUCAGGGGGAACCUUCUUGGAAGCUAUCUAACCCAGCUUUUCUUUAAGAUCAUCUUAGAGCUGGCUUUCAUUGUGGGACAGUAUUAUUUGUAUGGGUUUGUCAUGAUCCCUGAGUUUGCUUGCUCUAAAAAACCAUGCCCCUACACUGUAGAGUGCUUCAUGUCUCGUCCCACAGAAAAGACCAUCUUCAUCAUCUUCAUGCUGGUGGUGGCCUGCUUGUCUCUACUGCUGAAUGUGAUAGAGGUGUUCUACUUGGUUUGCACCAGGGUUAGAUGUCGUUCCGGAAAGCAACGCGUGCCCAACACCACAUCAGCUGAAAACCCAGCUACCCUGUCCUCUCCGUGGCAGACCAGACUGGGGGCUGAGGACCCGCUGAAGCAAAAUAAACUGAACAUGCAGUAUGAGAGUGGACAGAGUAUCUCUGUGAGCCUGGACGGCGCAAAGGAGGACAAACAGCUGUUACAGGACCAUUAGAUUUAGUGACAAAUUUGCUCCUGGUCAAACUUCAUGUUUUGUUGUAAUGAAAAUAAGUAGACAUCCCCUACAGAGUACAUGCUAAUUAACCAUCCACUGUAGAUGCUUUGAAGAUGCUCAGUUUAUCUUUAACUAACAUUCAACUAAAUACCUAUUAAAUGAAUAAACUGAACUUUAUUGUGUGUGUAAGAUUCUAUUAAAUCUAACACAAACACUAACCUCAAGACAAAACCUACUCCUAGACCUAACCCUAACCUUAAUGCUGUUGAUAAUCAACUAUCACCAGAGAGUUAAUAAGUCUAAUAGUAAAUAAGUAAAUAAAUCUGCAGAUCAUCUAUAGGGGACCAUCCAAACAAAGUGUGACCACAGUUAUCGCCUAUUUGCUGAAUGCAAUGCUAUAAAAAAUAAAACAUGUCAAAGGUUUCUUUUUUUUUGGUAAUAUAUAAACUAUAUUUGUAGAAAAAUGCCACAGAAGUGUGUUCUCUGUUGAGAAUGUGUUAAACUCUUACAUUUAGAAAAUCCACAAAAUGUAAUUUUACUGGGGAUUCUUAGACAUUUGCACAUGACUAUGACUAAAAACAUUGUUUCUGCAUGUGUGGUUCAUAUACAACAGGGUCUAGGAGAAGUUAGUUAGGAGAACUAAAUUAAAUUGAGUUAACUCAAGCCGUGAAACUGCCUUAGUAUUAAGUUGACCUGACUUUACAUUUUUACAGCACAUAUUUCAGAAGUCUCUUGAGACAAAUCACCAGAUUUUGACUCCAUCUGAGAACCUUUAAGAAGGGAAAAGGCCAAAUGGGCUGCUGUGAAUGAGAAAUGGACUAACAAGGAUUCUUCAGCUCUGUAGAAACGUGAAUAAUUGGUGGCAGGCAGAGUUCAAGCUGGGUUCAAGGCAAACUGGACACUUUGACUUUGUCAAUUAUAGUGAAGAAUGGUUCUGUUGGAGAGAUGUAACUCAGAUUAUAUGUUUUCAGAACUGAUAAAAUAUUGCUUGGUGUUAAACUCACUGUUUAUGAUAUUUAACAGAACAAUACACAAUCAUACAUUAAUCUGCUAGCUCUGUAUGAUAUAGGCAUGUGUCUAGAAAAGCACCUGAUUUGAAGUAGCAUUUUAUUGUUUGUUCAUGAAUCAUGUUUCUUGCAUUGUGGUAAUUUAUGCAUUAUUAUAGUGGUACAUGUAUUGUUGAGUCAUUGUUACCUUUAUUUGUCUUUUUUUAGCUACUGUAUGUGUUUGCUGGGACAUAACUUAUAGAGAAGGAUUUGUUGGCUCAUAUUAUGAAUAUUUCAGUAUUCUUUGGUAUGAACUAUGCUUACAUAGAAGAUUGUAAUGUAUGAUCUCUUCAUCUGAAUAAAGCCUUUUAAAACAUUGUA